UGGAGCCAAGUGUAGGCAACACUGAGUAGUGCAGUUUACAACGUGCAGGUGCAAGUGCAGCACCGCCCGAGUGUCCGAGACUAUCCCAUGUUGGACGAGACGGAGGUCGAGACGGUCACACGCAUUCACGCUGUGGACAUCCGGGACUUGUACCCGCAUCGGGCUCCUGAGGACGUCACCUCGCGCGUGUGUCUGCUGUGCGGCGCCAAGCUUAAGGACAAGACGCAUAACCUCACGCGUCAUCUGGAGCGACAUCAUGCCGGAGCGCUGCUGCAGUUGCUGGAGCAGCGCAAUCAGGCGUCGCCCAGUGUGCUUGCAUCCAGGACCAGACGCACGCAACAGGAGAAGACGGCGGCCAGACAGCCAGCGGGACAGGUGGAGGACACAGUACUCAAGGCUGGAGACGCCAAGCUCGCACUGGCAAGAUGGCUAGCGCAGGAGCAACUACCCGUUGACCUAAUCGAAAAGUCCGGCUUCCGUGAAUUUAUCGAAGCACUCAAUGAACAGUUCAGUCCACCAAAGAGAGAAGAACUGCGACAGCUAUUGAGCUCGUUGGUGGUAGGCACGGACGACAGCAAACUCGGCGACGCCGACAUGAUGACCGACGGUGAAGUUUGCUCGAUAGUGGAGAUGAUGGCGUUGAGAGCUACGUGUCGCUGCAGUGAAGACUCGCCAUUAGUCUCAUACAGCCAAGUCGCGUGUGAUAUUGUUGACACGGGCAAGGCUAAAGUGAAGGUGGUACGAGCAGCAGCCUCCCUCUUUGACGCACAAACUUGUCGGGGUAAACUUCUGGGGAAGAAUGGCGUGUUGGGCAGGUCCUUUGUUGGCGUCAUCACGGAGAUGCAGCCGUCAGAGUGCGAGGACACGUCUGUUAAGUUGUUUGACAAGGUCGUCGCCUCUCCAUAUAUCUUCGACGCGGUAAUUACCAAGCAGGAGCACCAAGAACACCACGUCGAUCAACCCCUUCAUACCUCUGACAGCUCCUGUAUCGGUGUAAGUGCAUCCAGCGGUGCUCUGGCUGAGUUUAUCGUGCUGCCAAUCUCCAACCUGUCGGCAGUCCCUGCAGCCGUCCCCGAUGACUUGGCACUGCUUUCCGACGACAUGUCCGUCGUCCUCUCCAUCGCCAGUGAGUUGCAGAGGCGACAAGUGACCAACAUCGCGAUCCUAUCGGACGGACCGUCGGCAAUCCUCUCAAACCUGUUGACGCGAUACCUGUAUCAACACGCGCAGUUCUCACCGCAUAAUCUCCACGUGUUCUCAACGUCAACAGUCAGCACUUCCGUGUGGUCGCAGCACGUCGCCCUCACUCCUCUAGAUAUUUAUCAGCCUGCAGCCGUGGCUCAAGUGAUCGCGCGACAGACCGAGUUGGCGCUGGAUGUUGUUGUGGAUCUCAUUGCUUCCGAGCCUUCCGUCGAGUUCGCCACGUCGCUGGUGCAGUCGAUGGGCUGCAUGGUGCUCGUAGACAGAUCUCGACUGGAGCUACAGCCGCGAUCGACCAUCGCCAUGGAUAUGAACUCUGUGGUCGUUAGAGAACUGGAGGUCGUCUGCGUACAGGACUGCAAAAGCUUCUUGGACGAUGCGCUGCAGUACUUAACCACUCAGGCGCAGAGCCAGCAGAGCGCGACGGAACUGCGCGAGUGUCUGCUGGACAGUGUGCAGCUCUCACAGGCGCUUCACGAGCUCCAGACGAUUCCUGAGCGAACGCUGGAAGCGCGGUAUCUUCAAGUGGCGCUGACUUGAUUAAGUACGAUAAUUGGAUCUUCAAGGCUACAUUUUACUGUUGCUUAGUGGAGCUCUUACAUGCACGUGUACAGGAUGAAGAGCGUUGAGAGGUUCUCUUGAAGCACAUCGUGAUGGCUUACAAGCGAUGUCGGUGUUACAGCUUCGAGCGGAAGCGCUUGAAGGACUGCUGCAGUCCCGCUCCUUGCUUGACGGCUUCUGCGACCUUGUUGUCUUGCUCUUCGAUGAUCUCCGCCCUGGCUGCAACUUCAGCUGCGUGUUCAACAGGUAGGACUAUCACGCCGUUGACGUCGCCUCGGAUGAUGUCGUUGUUGCGCACAACACAACCUCCUACAACCACGGGGCAGUUCACGUCCACCACCGUCGUGGUGCCUUGUUGUCCGUGUACCGAUGUACCUCGAGAGAAUGCCGGAAAUCCCA